AUGGACAUCAGCCACAGGCCAGCGAUCCACGUUCGUGAAGUCCCUGCUGGUUCGAUUCCUGGUGGCAGUAGUGAAUUGUGUGUGUGGUUGUUUGUGCACCUGCAGGAGGAGGUGAGGGACUUGCUGGCGAUGAACACCAGCCACAGACCAUCGAUCCACAGACCAUCGAUCCACGUUGGUGACGUCCCUGGCGGAGGUGGCUGCCUCUUUGGAGCCACUGAGACGGAGGUCUGGAGCAAAGCUGACACAGCAGCUCUACUGGAGCAGGGCAUCCUUGAUAGUCUCCUCCAACAAAUAUGCCUUUCUGUGUGA